UCCCCCCCCCCCCUUAGAAAUUUACUCUUUUUGUUUUAUUAUUUGAUUUGAAGAAAAGCAAUGUCUUCUCAAAUGUGCACAAGGCAAGCUCGUCAUGCAGGAAGUUGGUAUGUUAGUUCAGGUAAAGAAUUAAAAAAUCAAUUAGAAGAUUGGCUUAAUGAUGCAGGUGAACCAAGCCAUAGUCCAGCUAGGGCCAUCAUUGCACCGUCAGCAUGCUGGAUACAGAUAUAGUGGGGCUUGUGCAGCAUAUGCAUAUAAGCAAGUUGAUCCUACUCAAAUCAAGCGAGUAUUUAUUCUUGGACCUUCCCAUCAUGCUCAUAUAAAUGGAUGUGCCUUAUCACCUGCUCAACUUUAUCGCACACCCCUUGGUGAUCUUCAGCUUGAUCAGUCCAUUUACAAAGAGCUUGAAUCUACUCAACAGUUUGAUAAAGUGAGCCUUACAGCAGAUGAAAAAGAACAUAGUAUUGAAAUGCAUCUGCCAUAUAUUGCAAAAGUUAUGGAAAACUGUGAUUUUGCCAUUGUUCCUGUAAUGGUUGGAUCAUUAUCUACUAAACAAGAAAGUGCCUAUGGAGAAAUUUUUAGCAAGUAUUUAGCCGAUCCAUGCAACCUUUUCGUCAUUUCAUCUGAUUUUUGUCAUUGGGGUUCUAGUUUUGGCUAUCAAUUUUAUGAUGAGACAUGGGGACAAAUACACCAGUCCAUUAAAAAGCUGGACAAAAUGGGAAUGGAUAUCAUUGAAGAAAUGUCUCCUACUGCAUUUGCUGCUUACCUGAAAAAGUACAAGAACACUAUAUGUGGACGCCGUCCAAUCAUCAUUUUACUAAAUGCUGUAUCCUUGCUAAAGCAAGACAAGAGUGGAUCUAAGCCAGCCCUUAAGUUCCUAAAAUAUGCUCAAUCUGAAAAGUGCCUCAAAAAAAGUGAUACGUCUGUGAGCUAUGCUGCUGCUUCUCUUGUGUUUACUUAAGUAGUUUUUGUUGCAGUAGAAAAAUGCUACCAACCUAAAACAAUGCUAAAACUAAAUUAGCACAACAGUUCUGAAAGCCUGUUUAUUGUUUCAAGAAUAUUUGAUUUAUAUUUUGUAAGUAUUUAUAUACAUAUAUAUACAUGGGCACCCAUAUGCAAAGUUGCAAGGGGGGGGCGGCUCAAAUAUUUUCCCUGUGGUUUAGCUGGAUAUUUCCCCUGUGGAAACUGAUUUCAGGACAGAUUAGAGUUAUUAAAAUUUGACAUUUUAAAUAACUUAUUCAUUAAUGGCUGGAGAAGAAAUGUUUUUACAUUUUCGCAAAGAAAAAAGUACUAAAAGCAAGGAAGUUCUAAUUUCAAAAAGGGGCUCAAGCCCCCCUAUAUAGGCGCUCUUCUAUAUAUAUAUAUAUAUUGUUAAUAACCAUGCCGCAAUAAUAAAUGUUUCACUAGUAUUUAAAGCACUUAUAAUGACACUUUUCCUCCCCAAGAUCAAGUCUCCUUGUAGAGAGGAGGAUUGAUCCAUUAUUUACCAACUUAUGGUUUUCUAAUAUUUUAUUCUAAUGCAUAUAUUUUAAAAUGGCAGAGCAUUCUGACAAGGUCAAAGACCAUUUUGAAUAUGUAAUGUAAAAUUGUUUCGUUCCAUUGAAUCAAAUGAAAGCUAUAAACUCCAACAACAACAAAAAAAGAAAAAGAAAAAAGGUAUCACUUGUAACCAGUCUCCCUUUUGCAGCAUGGUUAUUAUUUACUCAUAAAAAAAUCAAAAUUAAUCAUGUCAAAUUAAAAAUGAAACAAAAGAGAAACAAUAGCUGUUAAAACUAAUAUUUCACAAAUAAAACUAAAUAUUUCACUAGCCUUUCAUCAGUCUUGACCAAGUAUACUAUAAAAAGCAAGAAGCAAAUAUUAAAAAGAUAUUUUAAAAUUAACGUAUGUGCUACCUGUGGUUAAAUUAGUUGCAAUGCCAUGAAAUAUAGGGGUCCUUUGCCUUGAUCGACAUCUUCUGCCAGGCUUCAAUUUUAUCCUACUUUUUUUUUUUUUUUUUUUAUUGAAACUCGAUAUAAAAACUUGAAGGAAGAUUGGUAAGAGAGACAGUUUCAAGAUUUUCCCCGUCUCAGAAGAAUCAAAGAUUGUGCAUAAAACAUAAAAAACAUGCUAUUUAUUUUCUAAAAAAAAACUGUAUCAGGGCCAUUCCAUGGAAAACAGUAAUUUUUCCCACAUGUGACGCUUCAUAAAUUCCAUAAAAAAUAAUUUAAAAGAUGAUGAACAAAAUUUUGUUGCUUAAGAAAUCACUAACGCAUGUGUGACUUCUUAAGCAAAAACUUUCUUCAAAAAUUAUUUAUUUUUUAUGAAAUAUAGGAACCGACACGGGCAGGACAAAAUGACUAUUUUCAAUGGAAUGGGAAUAUACAUAUUUUUUUCAAUGGUUUAAAUAAUUAUUUCUAAAUUAAUGAACCUUAACUCUAAACCUUAGCUUUCAAAAUCUACAAUAUGUUUUGUCAUUGCUGUAUUAAUAGAGCAAAAAUAUAAGCUUAUUCAUAAUCAAGUUACCAGAGGUUGACUUUGGAUAUCCCACACGUGACGCAUGUAAAUUUUUAUUUUCAAUAACAAAACUGUUUAUUAAAAAAAAAUAAUUGUGUCGGGAGUAUCUUUGUAUUAAAUGUAAAGAUUAAAAAAAUUGCUUAGCCCUGUUUCAUUAAAAUGCUAAUAGAUGUGACGAAAUGUUAAUGAAAUUGAAGCGUAUUUUUGUCCUGGUUUUGUGACGGUGGAAUGGCCCAUCACCUUCAUUUACAAAGAACAAAACACAUAUUGUCGAAGAAAAUCAAGAUAUUAUCUGCAGCAAUCAAGUUUGUCUGAGCAACAAUGAAAAAAUAUGUGUAUAAAAAAAUAGAAUUAUUCUAUUGCUACAUUUUUUAAUUUAUUGUUUGCCAAAUUUAGCUUAAUGCUACUUCUAACUUUAUUUUUUUCUGCAGUGAAUUAAACAGAAUUGAAAUUCAGCUUUUUAAAAUCACCAGUAUAUCAAACCGUAUAACAUGCAAUUCAAAGUUUCUACCAUGUAAUAUCGAAUCUGUCUAAUAAUUACAGCAAAAUUUGUAUUGUGUAAUAUUGAAACCAUGUUGUACAAGUACUUGG